GGUGGUGACUACGGUUCCGCCGUCAUUACUGUGCGCCUGUCGCUCCAGUCGACUGCAGCAUGUGAAUAAAACACGGGGAGGCCGUUGUUUUGACGUUCAACCACCGCUUAUGUUCAUUCAUAAAACACUAACUGCGACGUUUGCAAGCGGAAGUGUAACUUUUUAACCCACGUUUCGACUCGGUGAGUGGCCGAAAGCGUAAGCCGGCACGGUUACUGCUCCGGUUGUUUUCGCUAGCUUGUAGCCCCGCCGACAGUCAUGGAUAACACGGAGGAAAACGCGAUUGACCUCCACGGAGAUGAGGAAAUUAUUGAAGUCAUCGACCUAAACGAGACGGAGCCUGGACCUGAUGAUCUGGCUGAAGACUUGGAGGAUGUUGACUUUGAAGAUCCUGGAAACGCAGAUGAUGAUGAUGACAAUGAAGGCUGGGAGACGGAGGACGAGAUGGAGGCUGAGGCAGAGAGGGAUGACAGCGAGCUCACCUUCUCCAAACACACCGGCUCGGUGUUCUGCGUGAGUCUGGAUCCUGCGACAAACAGCUUGGCUGUAACGGGAGGAGAGGAUGACAAGGCCUAUGUUUGGAGGCUGAGCGACGGAGAGGUCCUGUUGGAGUGCACAGGUCACAAAGACUCUGUGACGUGUGCCGUGUUCAGCCACGACUCCUCGCUGGUGGCUUCGGGUGACAUGAGCGGCAUGAUUAAAGUUUGGAGAGUGGAAACCAAAGAGGAGAUCUGGUCCUUUGAAGUGGGAGAUCUGGAGUGGUUGGAGUGGCAUCCCUGCGCUCCGGUGCUGCUGGCGGGAACAGACGACGGCAGUGUGUGGAUGUGGAAGGUCCCUGCAGGAGACUGUAAAACCUUCCAGAGUCCCGCGUGCCAAGCCACCAGCGGCAAAGUCCUACCCGAUGGUAAACGGGCCGUGGUGGGUUAUGAGGACGGGACAGUGCGCGUGUGGGAUCUGAAGCAGGGCAACGCCGUCCACGUCAUUAAAGGUCAGGACGGACACCAGGGAGCGUUGACCUGCCUGGCGUGCAACAAGGACGGUUCCCUGGUGCUGACGGGUUCAGUGGACGGCUCUGCCAAGCUCAUCAACACCACCACGGGCAAGGUGGUUGGAGCAUUCUCUGUGGACGGAGGCAAAGCAAACAAAUCGAAAGACGAGGAAGACUCCAACUCUGUCGAAUCUGUGGGAUUCUGCAACAUCCUGCCUCUCAUAGCUGUGGCGUACCUAGACGGGACUCUGGCCAUAUACGACCUCUCAACACAGGUCCUGAGGCACAGGUGCCAACAUGAGGCUGGCAUUGUUCACCUGCGGUGGGAAGAGUCUUCCUCUGUGGUGUCCACCUGCAGUUUAGACGGAGCUCUACGCUUAUGGGACGCGCGCUCUGGCAACAUGGUGUCCGAAUACCACGGCCACGCUGCAGAGAUCCUCGACUUCUCCGUCAACAGGGAAGCGUCUCUCGCAGUAACCGCCUCAGGGGACAACCAGGUGAAAGUCUUCUGCCUCCAAAGACCUGACCGGUAAAGCGAGCUGGAAGAAAAGAGAUGAGAAGAAGAGGAGAGGAAGUAUUUUAGGAGAAAUAGCAGAGACAUUGGAUUGAUCAGACUUUUUAUUCUCUAACACCGGAGAACAUGUUUCCCUUCUCCUCAGGAUUUAAAAAAAUAAUCUCUUCUGUGGUUUUACCAUUUUAUCUGACCUGCUUUAGUAGGAUUGUAAACCAGAAGACUACUUUUUCUGUUUUCAUCGGUACUUCAGUGGUGCGUAUUUGGCAGAUUUUUAGCCUAAUUUAAGCACACCUAAAGUAACUGGGAGAAAAGAAGAGUCUCUGGUCGGGUUGGAAUGACAGAGAGCAGAUCCUCUUUGCUACACAGGAGUUUCAAGUGUGAUUCUCUAGAGACAAACCGCUCCUCAUCACUUUAUUCUAAGUGCACUGUUUCUGUGAGAGACUAAACAAAGUGGAAUUCCAAGAGUGAUACAUUACAGUGUCCUGCCUUUGACAUGCUGCGUAAUGUUCUGUCCUCUAAAAUGUUUUAGAGAUAAAAAUUUCCUUUGGCCUUGAUGAUUAUUUUUUCUAUAAUUGGAUUUUUUUAGUUUGCUAAACGUCAGGACUACAUUUCUCAAAGUCCCGGUUUUUCCUCUUUAGGGUUUUAGUGGUCUUCCAGACAGUUCAGUCAGGGCUGACUAUGCAAAUUUAGAUAUAAACAAAAGUGUAAAUACAAAAUAAUAAAUAAUAUACGGUUAGGUCCAUAAGUAUUUGGACAGUGACACAAUU